CAUCAGCUCUUGUACCCACACAGGAAAGGUCGCCGCUUCGUGUUGGGGUGUUCUUUCCUCGGCUGCCCGUGGACGAGAGCGGGCUAGCAUUAGCAUAAACGAGGAGCGGCACUGAAGGGGGCAGAAUUGACCGUUAGCACCCAUGCUAACUAUUUAUUUAGAAAUUCGGUUUCGUAAAUUUAGCAAUUUUCAGAGUAGUUGUUCAACUUUUCUUUUUUAUUUAUUUAUUUAACUUAAAUGUUACUCGUAGUUGUGGGGUGUUUAUUCUUGCUUGCUAGCCGUAUCGGGGAGGGAACCCCCCUGCUACAUCGGCAGAGGGCACAAGGAUGGAGGCCCUCCAGCUAAUGUUAUCAUUGUUCCGCUGUCAAUAACGGAAACGGUCAGUGUGAUGCUGGACCAAAAACCAUAGAGGGGUAGCCACCUGCUCUGCCGAGUUUGUUUUUGUUAUCAGUGUUGACAUCUGUCACCGUUGGGACGCCUCGAGCAAACAGAGGACGACUGCAGCAACAUAACUCAUUUGGUUACUUUUUAUUCUUUUUAUUUGGAAAUGAAUUCAUCUCCAGAACCCCUUUCAUUGUUGAGCUAAUGCUUUUCAUGCAUCACCUCCGGGAGGUCAAGAUGAUCUCCAUUCAGUAUGAGGAGAAACCCCAUUCCCUAGUUACUCAGAUGAAGGCUCUUUUGUGACAAAAGAAUCAGGGACUCUGAAGGACCAGGAGCCGGAGACCUGAACCCCCUCAGCGAACGCUUUUCCUAUAAACUUAAAAAGGAAAUUCAUCCUUCCUGGACUUUCAAGAUGGACCUCUUUUUCAACCCUUUUGAUAACUUGCUGUGUGUCCUGCUUGGCAUCUCCUUCACUGUGUGGUUCACCCUGCUGCUGGUCUUCAUUAUUGUGCCUGCUAUUUUUGGGGUGUCCUUUGGAAUCCGCCGUAUUUACAUGAAAACUCUCUUAAAGAUAUUUGAGUGGGCCACACUUAGGAUUGAGAGAGGAGCCAAAGAAAAAAAUCAUCCUCUGUACAAACCAUACUCAAAUGCCAUCAUUGCCAAGGAGCCUACCUCACUGGAGGAGGAGAUCAAGGAGAUUCGGCGCAGCGGCAGCAACAAAGACUUGGGCUCAACCCCAGAGUUUGAGAUGUCGGACAUCUUUUAUUUUGCUCGGCGAGGAGUGGAGAGCAUCAUGGACGACGAGGUGACCAAGCGGUUUUCUGCCGAGGAGCUGGAGUCUUGGAAUCUGCUGACGCGUAGCAACAAUAACUUCCAAUAUAUCAGCCUGCGGCUGACCGUCCUGUGGGGGCUGGGAGUCCUCAUACGCUAUGGCUUUCUGCUGCCACUCAGGGUAACCCUGGCCUUCACAGGUGUAGGCCUCCUUGUGUUCCUCACCUCUGUAGUUGGUCUGCUGCCAAAUGGCAGGAUGAAAAGUUUUCUCAGUGAAAAAGUCCAUUUGAUGUGCUACAGAAUAUGUGUCAGAGCUCUCACUGCCAUUAUAACCUAUCACGACAGUGAGAAUAAACCUAAGAAUGGUGGGAUCUGUGUUGCCAACCACACCUCACCGAUUGAUGUCAUCAUCCUGGCUAGUGAUGGUUGCUAUGCUAUGGUUGGUCAAAUUCAUGGAGGCUUGAUGGGAGUCAUUCAGCGGUCCAUGGUCAAAGCCUGCCCUCAUGUUUGGUUUGAGCGAUCAGAAGUAAAAGACAGACAUCUAGUGGCUAAAAGAUUGAGUGACCACAUUCAAGACAAAUCUAAACUGCCGAUUCUCAUUUUUCCAGAAGGGACCUGCAUAAACAACACGUCUGUUAUGAUGUUCAAAAAGGGCAGCUUUGAAAUCGGAGCCACAGUCUACCCUGUAGCCAUUAAGUAUGAUCCACGGUUUGGAGAUGCAUUCUGGAACAGCAGCAAGUUCGGAAUGGUCAACUAUCUUUUACGAAUGAUGAGUAGUUGGGCCAUCGUCUGCAGCGUGUGGUACCUUCCUCCUAUGUCCAGAGAGGAGGGUGAAGAUGCUGUGCAAUUUGCCAAUCGGGUGAAAGCAGCUAUAGCCAGACAAGGUGGACUGGUUGACUUGCUGUGGGAUGGUGGAUUAAAACGAGCCAAGGUAAAAGAUACUUUCAAAGAGGAGCAACAGAAACUGUACAGUAAAAUGCUGGUGGGCACCCAAGAGGAUCGGAGCCGCUCCUGAGGAGCUUCAACCGAGGUGGACCGUUCACCGACCCGACUGCGUUAGCACUUCUGACGAAAUGGGUCGUCGGCACCGGGCCCUGCUGUUGGAGUGGCUGGGCUGGAAAAUUCUGCCUGACGUCAACAGUUCUCUAUUCGGCGUUCUCUGCCGUGCCCCAGCCGGGCAUGUUACGCUGCAUUGGUGUUUGGGGCUCCGCUGCCCCCCUUCGGACUAGCUUGACACAAGCAUCUACUACAUUAGACAUGAAAUGACAAGAGUUCACAUAGAAAGUCUUCCUUGACAAAAGUCUUUUAAGGAAAAAUGCGUAAGAUCAUCUUCAACAUUGAAUCCCUCUGUUUUAUAGUUUCAACUUUGAUUUUUAAUUGGUCAUGUUGGUUUCAUACUGUGGUUUAAGUUAAAGAUCAGGUUUUAUUCGAGAGCAAAUAUAGGUGAAAUAUUGUUUGUUCUAUACCUAGAACCUGUUGGCGUUAUUUAUUUGUAGGUACUAAGCCUAACUAGCUUGUACCGAGACUUUAUGAGCAAGGCUUUUGUUACAUUUCAGAUAUUUUUAUGAUCUUUUUCAAGGGGAAAAAAAAGUUUGCUUUUGUAGCUUUGUGUUUUACAUUAAUAGGAGUUGCUUAGCAGAAAAGCUCCUAAUAUAUAUAUUUUUUUGCAGUUUCCACUGAAUGUUUAAAGUCCCGGCAUUAUGACGUGGAAACUGCAAUCACCUGAAUGUAGGUGUAUUGGUUUGAAGCAGAUCCUCCUGUUCCAGGCAAGAGAGCAGUGGAACUAAUAAUAAUGAGGUGAAAAAUCCCCUCAUUAAACAUUUUAAGGGGACAGUUUUAGCACCGUUUCUUAGGCACAUGGUUGGCAUUAUGGGAUAGUUACCAUCACAACCAGUCUUCUUAUGGAAACAUAACACCAGCUGAUGCCUAUUUAAACUCAUAUACUUCCAAACUGCUGGUUUUGGCCUCCCGCUUGUGCAGUUAACAUCAUUUUUCAUUCACGCUAAAUGAACUCCAGAAGGUUUGCUUUUUUUCUGUUUUCCUCCUGUUGAAAACUAUCUGUUACUUAGCAGCUUUAAGCUCUCUGAGAGAAACUGCCGCUGAUCUGGAAAUGGUAGCCCUCCUCCACGUUUCUACUGGAGACGCUUGCUUCACUUGUUUUCUGUUAUCAGGGAAACUCAUUGUGACCAUCGAAUCAGUCCAUGAAAAUAAACAUAUACAAUUGUGCAAAA